ACUAAAAUGUUUCUAUUAAACUUACCGAUAGAGGCAUUUAUCUUUGUACUGUGUUGCAACUUAGUAAUUUCUAAACAAUGGGAAAGUGGUUUGCGUGAAAGAUAUGACGGAUAUGGAGAAGAUUGGAUAUUUAUGCCAGAUGGAAACGGUUUACCUCAAGUAGCAAUAUUAAAAUACGAGGAUAAUGCGAGAAAUAUUCUCGAUAACAAAAACAUUUCUUAUAUUCUCUACACACGGUUUGGUCCAGAAAAUGGUACAAAACUUAUGAUCAAUGAUACUGCAGGACUUCUCAAUUCAGAUUUUAAAGCAUCACGAAAAACAAAGUUUAUAACACAUGGAUGGAAAUCCAGUUCAAUGAGUUCCGGUUUUAUAGAUAUGAAGGAAGCUUACUUGCAACAUGACGAUUAUAAUAUAAUUCUUGUCGACUGGGAACCUUUAGCAGCAAGUACUUUUUAUCUUGGUCCUAUGCAAAAUACCGUUCGUGUAGGAAAGGAUGCUGCUAAUUUUAUCGAUUUUCUGGUCUCAGAAACUGAUUUAAAAGCUGAAGAUGUUCAUUUCCUUGGACAUUCUUUGGGUGCACAUGUUGCCGGUAAUGUUGGAAGUGCAAUAACUUCUGGUAAAUUAGGAAGAAUUACUGGAUUUGACCCAGCUUUGCCCGGAUUCCAUCUGUUUGCUUCUGAUAAGACUCGUUUGGAUUUAACUGAUGCAACAUUUGUUGAUGUGAUUCAUUCUUGUGGUGGUAUUUUAGGAUAUCUGCAACCUGUAGGUAAAGUUGACUUUUAUCCAAAUGCAGGAACGGCGGUUCAGCCAGGUUGUUGCUGCGUCCCAGAAGUCAUGGAAGCUUGCAGUCACGGACGAUCUUAUGUAUACUUUACAGAAAGUAUUAAUUCGAAGACUGGACUUCCUGCUGUAAAAUGUGAAAAUUGGGAUCGUUUUGUAAGUGGUGAUUGUAUAGAUUCUGAGGCAGUUUUAAUGGGAGAACACGUAGAUAAAUCUGCCAGUGGAUCUUAUUUUCUUAGAACAAGAUCUGAGUCGCCUUACGCAUAUAUGCCAGAAAUAACUAGUAAUGAUAUUUAAAUUUUAUUUUUAA